AUGGCGGGGGUCGCGGCAGCGUCGCCAGGAGGCUAUGACAUCUACUGGUACGAGGGGCGCUUCUACAGGCAUGGCCGGAUUUUGCUGAUGGGAGUUAAGUCUCUGGAUGACAAAAGUAUCUGGGAGGGGCCCGCACCUGUUUUCUAUGUCUGCGUGAAGGGGUGGACAGCUGCUGGAGACCGCGGGCCGAUCAGAGUUGAGGUGGGACCCUGGGACAAGCUCUCGGAUCUGAAGGCCAAGGUGUCGCAGGUCACCGAGUUCGAUGGGCUCAAGGAGACGUCGCACGUGAGAGUGCAGGGCGACCAUUUCGCGAGGUGCGUUAGUUGCGACUUCGCCAAUUUUGGUUCGGUCGUCGCGGUGCUCGGGUGUUUCAAGGUGGAUGGCUUCGACGGCUACUUCGCGGGCCGCAAGCUCCCGCUCUUGGCGGGCCUGGGUUCUACUCACACGCUCGACGAUCGUGAUGGAGGCCCUAGCUCGCCAGCGAGGCUCUACGCCCUGCUGGGGAACUUUGCGGGCCUGCAGCUCCCUGGGACAGGUGAGGAGCCUGGCAAGACGGGGGAAGAGGACGCGAGCACGCUUGCGGAGAAGUCCAAUGUUUUCACCCGCAGGGCGCGCGUCUGGGCGGUCUCGGUCAAAGUGGUGGUCGAGGACACCUUCUUGGUCUGUUCCGUGAAUGAUGUUCGUGCUCUCCUAUGGUUGAGGGCAUCGCGGGUCCAGCUGGGAAUGGUGCCCACGUUCUGGUUCGCUCGCCAUCACCUGACGGUGGAUUGGUGUGAGAACGAUCGCUCUUCUCAAGAGGUUCGGGAUAUGGCGGGGGUGUUCGAGCUAGCCGCCUCGCGCGUGAGUUCGGGGCGGAGAGGGCAGUCUGUGCCAGAGGCUCGUGGUAAGGACCCGAUUAUCCCGAUCUACGGGGUGGCCGACAAGUUCUUGUGCUACAAUCGCCUACGUCAGCCUGCGGUGCCUGUGCUCUACACCAACGUGGCCAAGUUUGUACGAGAGUGGGCGGAGAUCGACAGGCAGAUCAGCAAGGCCGAGGCUUUGAAGGACGAGGCGGAGGUCGCCCUCGAGCGCGGUAUGACCGCAGGGAAGGGCAAGGACAAUGAGGAGGGCAAGGAUGA